UCCCUCGCACCUUGUUUUUUUUUUCCUUAUUGUGUGACGUAUUUCUUUUUUUGUUUCCCCGAAAAUCUCUUCUCUCUUCUGAAAUUCUGAGAAGACGGGCGCCGAAAGAAUUUUCCAUGGCGCAUUAGCGAUCCGCGAAUCGGAAGCAAGCAAUCCGGAGAACUGAAAGGAGAGAGACAACGGUCUCGAGAGACUCUAAUAAUCGUGUUCUUCACGAGAAAAUCCGAUUUCUCUCUCUCUCUCUCGUAUAUUGUAUUUUUCGAGAUUCUUCGCCUUUUUCCUUGACGAAAUUUGAAAAUUUUUGAAUGUGUUGAUCAGGAAAAAAAAGGUGCUUUUGUGUUUUGAUUAAUCAUUCUUUUUGAAAAAAGUUUUGAGCUGGAGGGUGUUUGAAAAAUUCAAUGCCAUUGUGUUUUCUAUCUUUCUGAGUUCCAAUCUCUCUCUCUCUCUCUCUCUCUCUGUGUGUGUGUGUGUGUGUGUGCCGCAGCCAUGGCCGAUGACCAGUCUAUCCUCCCCAAGGAUAGUUUCAUUUUCAAGCUUCCUAAGAAGUCACCACUCGUGUUGAGGAUGGUCGUCCUGAUGUUUGUAAUGGUCUGUGCUAUCUACAUUUGCUCGAUUUGUCUGAAGCAAAUAGGCGUAGGGCCAAAGGCUGGAUUUUUGAACGUUGAGGUGUUUCAGAGGCCUUGUCCCGAGCCUAAUAUCGAACCGUGGGAUAUACCGUAUGUGCAUUAUCCUAAUCCAAAGACCUAUAGCAGGGAUGAAUGUUCGUGCCAUCCUGUGAGGUAUUUCGCCAUUCUCUCCAUGCAGAGAUCUGGAAGUGGUUGGUUUGAGACUUUGCUAAACAAUCAUACUAACAUUAGCUCCAAUGGGGAGAUCUUCUCGGUCAAAGAUAGGAGGGCCAACACUUCCACCAUCUUUGAGACCUUGGACAAAGUUUAUAAUCUGGACUGGUUGAGUAGUGCCUCUAAGAACGAGUGCACUGCAGCCGUUGGUUUGAAGUGGAUGCUUAAUCAGGGUCUGAUGAAACACCAUGAAGAGAUAAUAGAUUACUUCAUAGCCCGAGGCAUCUCGGCAAUUUUCCUCUUCAGGAGGAAUCUCUUGCGCAGAACCAUUUCAGUUCUUGCAAACUCUUAUGACAGAGAUGCUAAGCUCUUGAACGGGACUCACAAAUCCCACGUUCAUUCUCCAAAAGAGGCUGAAAUAUUGGCACGCUACAAGCCGAGAAUCAACACAACCCUUUUGAUACCCGAUCUCAAGCAGGUUCAAGAGAUGACUUCGAAAGCUCUGGCAUACUUUAACACCACCCGCCACAUCGUUGUGUACUACGAGGAUGUUGUCAAGAACCGCACUAAACUAGACGAUGUGCAAGAAUUUCUGAAGGUCCCAAAACUUGAGUUGAAGAGUCGGCAGGUGAAGAUUCAUCAUGGGCACCUAUCGAAACAUGUAGAAAACUGGGCAGAGGUCCAAAAUACCCUAAAAGGGACCAAGUUCGAGAACUUCCUACAUGAAGAUUACCGCAAGUGAUCUAACCCUAGGACUGGUGGUGUACAUAACUUGCUCUUGAAGUAACAAUCUCUGCCUCUCUUCAUUUCUUGUUCCUGGGGCCUGCGUGGGAUCAUAUCAACUCGCACCAACUCGUAAGAAAAGUUUUGGUUCUGCCUUCACGCAAAAUUUUGCAAGUCCUCUCUACUACUUUCUGGUUUUCCAAUUUCUGAUCAGUUGAUAGUUGAUAUUCAAUUCAAUUUAUUCCUUUUUUUUAAUCGGUUUCUCUUGCAUAUAUGGGAAAUGGGGAGAUCUAUUGUAUUGAAGAAGAAGAAGAAGAAGAAUUUCCGUUCUUCUUCCUUUCUUCUUCGACUCCAUUAAAACAUCUUCAUGUCAAUGUUUACUAGAUCUGAUGAAUCAUGUUCUUGGCUUGGUUCUUGGUUC